AGUACGCGCUGCACGACUUGCUGCUGCCCGCCAUCGCCCCCGACUGCUACUAAUUUCCUAGAAUCCCAUCUCACUUGUAUACUGAACUCUGUUCGCCUGUUACGACAACGUCAGGAUCUGUAGCCUUAGCCAUGAGCAGACUCAACGCAAAUGCCUUCAGUUUCGUCCCGGGGCAGUCCUUCCGUCUCCCCGGCCAACAGUCCUCGCAGUCAUCCGAAGUCCCCCCUGCCCCCAUUGAGCGGGCACCGCAAGCUGAGGCUCCUGCGCCUCCUCCUACCAUCUCUCUCAACAUUGGCGGCCCCAAACCUGCACCGCCGCCUGCAUCCCAGCCCCCGCCGCCGCCUGAAGCCUCCAAACCCGCCGCGCAUGCUUCCUCCGUUCCUGCAUCCGUGAAGGCAUCUGCGCCUUCCAAAUCGUCAGGAUCGAACUCGCGAUCAGAAUCACCGGCUCCUGCUGCUGUGCCAUCCAAAACAUACACGCUCGAGAAAGCGAAGAACGAUACCGCCGCGAUCGCCCAGGAGGUGCGAACUGUUGCCGAUGAAACCACGCUCCAUGAUCUCUUCGGCGUUGCCAAGGAGCAUCUAAACAUCGUCUUCAUCGGCCAUGUCGAUGCUGGCAAGAGUACCAUGGGCGGUAACUUGCUCUACCUCACCGGGAUGGUGGAUAAGCGGACGAUGGAGAAGUACGAACGCGAGGCAAAGGAUCUUGGUCGUGACUCGUGGUACCUCUCUUGGGCCCUGGACUCGACCCCUCAGGAGCGUGCAAAGGGCAAGACAGUCGAGGUCGGCCGUGCCUACUUUGAGACGAACACGCGCCGGUAUACCAUCCUCGAUGCCCCCGGCCACAAGACCUUUGUACCUUCCAUGAUCUCUGGUGCUGCUCAGGCAGACGUCGCUAUUCUCGUCAUCUCUGCCCGCAAGGGUGAGUUUGAGACAGGUUUCGAGAAGGGUGGGCAGACGCGCGAGCACAUCAUGUUGGUCAAGACCGCUGGCGUGUCCAAGGUCGUCUGUGUCAUCAACAAGAUGGACGAGGCGACGGUCCAGUGGUCCAAGGAGCGCUACGACGAGAUCAAGGACAAGCUCACGCCGUUCAUCAAGGCAGCUGGCUUCAACGUCAAAACAGACGUCACCUUCGUCCCUGUGUCCGCAUACGCGGGUCUCAACCUGAAGGAUCGCGUCCCCAAGGGCGUCUGUACCUGGCAUGAUGGCCCUUCGCUGCUGGAGCUCCUCGACACAAUGCCGAUGGUUGACCGCAAGACCAACGGGCCGCUCAUGAUGCCCAUCUCGGAGAAGUAUAAAGACAUGGGCACGAUCGUUGUCGGGAAGAUCGAAUCGGGUCAUAUGCGCAAGGGCGACUCGCUCGUGCUCAUGCCGAACAGGGACAUCGUUGAAGUCGCUGGCAUGUACAACGAGAUGGAAGAGGAGGUGUCCACCGCGAUCUGUGGUGAUAACGUCCGCAUCCGCUUGCGCGGCGUGGAGGACGACGACAUCACCCCCGGCUUCGUGCUCAGUAGCCCGAGCAAGCCUGUUCACGCCGUACGGCAGUUCGAAGCGCAGUUGGCGAUCUUGGACCACAAGAACAUCAUAUGUGCGGGUUACUCUGCGGUCAUGCAUAUACACACGCUCGCCGAGGAGGUUUCACUCUCGGCACUUCUCCACUACUUCGACAAAGCAACCGGCCGCAAGUCCAAGAAGCCUCCCCAAUUCGCGAAGAAGGGCCAAAAGAUCGUAGCCCUGAUUGAGACAGCGCAGCCUGUCUGUGUCGAACGCUUCACCGACUAUCCACAAUUGGGUCGGUUCACACUGCGAGACGAAGGGAAAACGAUCGCUAUUGGCAAGAUUACGAAGCUGAUCGAGGGCCUGUCGGAGGAGGUCGUGGAUGGUGUAGGCAACCUAUCUGUUGCAGCUUAAGAGCCGGAGGCGACUGCUUUCGAUGAAUAUCAGUAUAACUGUAACAACAUGCUUUGAUAUCAAUUCCGACGAGUUGAGCGUGCGCUUUCUCGCACAGAUGUGUAGUACAGGCAUGCAAAGCAAAAGUGACAUGACCAUGCGUCUGCAACACGUAUGCAUCGUCUCGGCACGCCUCGCGAGGACAGUUGGCUGAAGACACGAAGGACUAUCGAGCCUGGUAUUACUACUGCAUAGAACUUGGGCCGAAAACGAAGAUCAAAAGGUAAAACGACUGUCGAGGUCAAAAUGUAUGACCACCGCAGGGGUCGAACCUGCAAUCUCCUGAUUACCCGAUGAUAC